AUGGUCGAGAAGGGUACAUCAUCAACUACGACUACGACGACAACAUCGACUACGACAAUGGCAUCAAGUGUUGCCAAUAACAAUGCAAACUCACAUCAACCUCAUCAUCAACAACAACAUCAACAUCAUAUAACAAUCCCAUCACACAUCAGACUGAGUGAUAUUAAGAGACUACCAGUUGAUAUAUCAGAAGAGACGAUAAUGGACCCAGUCAACAUACCCUCGAAGCUGAAGAUGUUCCAAGCGUCAUCAAACGAUUUGCUCUUUGGCUAUGUACAGUAUAACUUGACCGACGCACUGCGCGUGUCAGCACGCUCACUCGACUCGCGCUGCAAGGCGGUGUACAUGGCCAAGCGCCCCAGCACACCCGUCAAGUCGUUCAUCUCGACGUUCGAGAGCAGCACCACGGGCACCCGCGUGCACGAGCUGGGCGUCUCCGUCUCCAACUUAUACAGCUCGUACAAGACGCGCAUUGGCGGCGUGUUCCAGCUGGGCGGCAGCACGGGACUGCGCAUUCAGGGCAGCUCGGUCACGCCCUACGUCAACCCCAAGCUGACGUUCUUUGUGCCCUUUGGCUGGCUGCAGCUCAAUAUCAACCUCAACAGGAAGCACAACCGCGUGACGCUCAAGCACAACUACUUCUUCAACGUUCGCGGCACCACCAUGCUCUCCAGUCUCGAGCUGGGCAGCACUCGUCUCAGCCACCUGGUGUCGCAGGCCAGCGCAAUGAAGCAGGGCCAGUCGUCGCCAAUGCCCUCAAUGAGCACGUCGGACCAUCUAUUCUACAAAUUGGUUCAUGUGCCCUCUGCCACAGAGAUUGGCGUGCGCCAGACCAAGACUCACUACCGCACCAAAUGGGAACUGUUGCUUGGCAUGAAGCACACAAUCGCCUCAUCCGUCUUUAUCCAAUGUCUCUUCACUCAUACCAUUGGUGAGAAGACUAACUUUGGUCUGAGCCUUGGUCUGGACCUGUAA